AUGAAGGACGAACAAAUUGUCGGCGCCGCCUUGGCCGAAGUGCUUCCCAAGACGGACAAGUACUGGUUCCAACAACCUCAUCUGCUGAGGUUGAAUUUGCUACUUUUGGUUCCCCUGCUGUCCUCAUCGGUAGCAGGAUAUGAUGGUUCGUUGAUGAACGGACUACAGUCAUUGCAGCAAUGGCGCGACUACUUCGGGAACCCAACUGGCGCGAAGCUAGGUGUGGUAAAUGCGGCACAGUCUAUCGGAUCCGUCCUCGCUCUCCCAAUAAUCGGAUACUUGGCGGACCGCUUCGGCCGGAAGCCAGUCCUCCUCUCGGGUAUCUUCCUCAUUAUCGCCGCCACAAUCAUCCAAUCGACAUCAGUCAACCUUCCCAUGUUCAUCUUUUCGAGGCUUGUGGUUGGGUUCGGUGGCAUGUUUGUUGUACACCCGAGUCCGCUGCUCAUCGCCGAGCUGGCCUAUCCAACGCAUCGAGGAAAGUACACUUCGGCGUACUGGACAAUGUACUACCUUGGUGCUAUCUUGGCUUCCUGGACGACGUUUGGCUGCCAGAACUACCAGAGUGAUUGGUCCUGGCGAAUUCCUUCGAUUUUACAAGCCGGUUUCCCUCUCGUACAACUCAGUUUCUACUCCUGGGUCCCCGAGUCUCCUCGGUGGUUAAUUGCAAGAGAAAGGACGACAGAAGCGGCUGAGAUAUUAGCCAGAUAUCACUCUGGAGUGCUUGAUCCGAACGAAGGCCACAGCCCCCUCGUCCGUCGCGAAGUCGCCGAGAUUGUGCAGGCGAUUCAGCAAGAAAAGUCUGCCAAAACAACGGGCUGGAUGGCCCUGGUGUCCACUCCUGGAAAUCGCAAGAGGACACUCAUCGCAGUUUGCGUCGGAGCAUUCGCUCAGUGGAAUGGAAUCGGGCUGGUUUCUUAUUAUCUCACGCUCGUCCUAAACACGAUUGGAAUCACCGACACGUUUGACCAAACCUUGAUCAACGGUUUAUUGCAGAUCUUCAACUUCGCGGCAGCUCUCAGCGCCGCCUUCCUUGUAGACCGCCUCGGCCGUAGAACGUUGUUUCUCGCAAGUGGUGUCAUUAUGCUGGUUAGCUACGUUAUCUGGACCGCUUGCUCGGCAGUCAACUCCGAUACGGGUUCCAAACCCGCCGGCAUUGUCGUUGUCGUCUGCUUGUUCACAUUCUACUUCGGAUAUGAUAUCGCCUACACACCAUUGUUGAUGGGUUACCCAACGGAGCUGUUUUCGUAUUCAUUGCGAUCUAAAGGUAUCGCUGUUGAGUUAUUAGCGAUUUACGGUUCGCUCAUUAUCGCCGCGUUUGUCAACCCUAUCGGCAUGGAGAACAUUGGUUGGAGAUAUUACAUUGUUUACUGCUGUCUUUUGGCAGUAUUUCUCUUCGUUACUUGGUACUUGUUCCCGGAGACCAAGGGGCAUAGCUUGGAGGAAAUCGCUGUUAUUUUCGAUGGGCCACAGGCUGUAGAAGAUUUUGAAGACAGCUCUGAUUUGAAGGAGGAGAAGAUUCUCGCGAAUGGUGGUCUUAGUACUGCUGUACACAAGGAGACGGCGUAA